AUGGUAGACCUCAGAACCGAAUCCCUCAAAUCCCCAGUGGAUAUUGCGGAGUAUCUUUUUACGAGAUUGAAGCAAAUUGGAAUUGACUCGAUUCAUGGUUUACCAGGAGAUUACAAUCUAGUUGCUCUUGACUACAUUCCUAAACUUGGGUUGAAAUGGGUUGGUAACUGCAAUGAGUUGAAUGCAGGAUAUGCUGCCGAUGGCUACGCUCGAGUGAAAGGGAUUUCCGCAAUCAUGACUACAUUUGGUGUGGGAGAGCUCUCAGCAAUUAAUGCUAUUGCCGGCGCCUACUCCGAACGGGUCCCGGUCGUCCACAUAGUUGGGACUCCUUCAACAAUUUCGCAAAAGGAUGGCAUGCUUCUACAUCACACGCUUGGAAAUGGAAAUUUCCAUGUUUUCGCGGAUAUGUUUAAGGAGAUUUCUUGCGCAAUGGCUAAGAUCAAUGAUCCCAACGAAGCGGCUGCUUUGAUCGAUCAUACACUACAACAAUGCUGGAUCCAUAGUCAGCCGGUUUACAUUUCUUUGCCAACAGAUAUGGUUCAAAAGAAGGUCGAAGGAGAACGACUGAAGACACCUAUCGACUUGUCCUUGCCUCCAAAUGACCCAGAUAAGGAGGAUUACGUUGUUGACGUAGUUCUCAAGUACCUUGAGGCUGCUAAGAAUCCUAUCAUCCUAGUCGAUGCAUGCGCGAUUAGACAUAGAGUCAUCCCGGAGGUGCAUGGAUUGAUUGAGAAGACUGGGUUGCCUGUCUUCGUAACGCCAAUGGGCAAAGGAGCUGUUGAUGAGACUUACGAAAACUAUGGAGGUGUUUAUGCUGGAAGUGGUAGCCAGCCAGAUGUUAAAGAUCGAGUUGAGUCUUCAGACCUCAUCUUGACAAUUGGAGCAAUCAAAAGCGACUUCAAUACCGCUGGAUUCUCCUACAAGACCUCUCAGCUCAACACAAUUGACUUUCACAGCACAACCAUUGUUGUUCGUUAUUCUGAAUACCCGGGUGUUCACAUGCGAGGAGUUCUCCAGAAGAUUAUUAACAAAAUUGACCUUGAAAAGCUCUCUGCCGUUCCAGGGCCCAAGAUGGAAAACAAGGUCACUGCAAAUGAGGAUAGUUCAGACACCAUCACGCAAGCAUGGUUUUGGCCCAGGGCAGGUGAGUUUUUGAAGGAGAAUGAUAUUGUAAUCACCGAAACUGGAACAGCCAAUUUUGGUAUCUGGGAAACGAAAUUUCCCAAGGGAGUCACAGCUCUUAGCCAAGUGUUGUGGGGUAGUAUUGGAUACUCCGUUGGUGCCUGCCAAGGUGCUGCGCUAGCUGCAAGAGAUGCUGGGAAUGACAGAAGAACCGUCUUAUUUGUCGGUGAUGGAAGUUUCCAGCUCACAGUCCAAGAAGUAAGCACGAUGAUUCGCCUUGGAUUGAAGCCCAUCAUCUUUGUGAUCUGUAAUGAUGGCUAUACCAUCGAGCGGUUCAUUCACGGCAUGGAAGCAGAAUACAACGACAUAGCAGCCUGGAAGCACAAAGAUUUAGUACCUGCAUUCGGCGCCCAAGAAGGCAAAUACCAACUUCACCAGAUUAAGACAAAAGAUCAGGUCAACGAGCUCUUUACCAAUAAGGAGUUCAAUGCUGCGGACUGCCUGCAGUUUGUGGAAUUGUAUAUCCCAAAGGAAGAUGCUCCAAGAGCAUUGGUGUUGACGGCUGAGGCUAGUGCGAAGAAUAAUGCCAAGGUGUGA